AUGUUGAUGGAGCUUCCUCAAUCUCGUCCAUUUGAUGCAGAAGGGAGGAAAAAACCAACGCAUGAUUUUUUAUCGGCCUGCAGUAAUUCAACCGUCCAUUCAGAUCCAAUGCCAUCAUCUCAAGGUGAGUACUUGAAAACUCAGGAUUUUCUACAACCGUUGGAACGUGUUGGAGCAAGAGCUUGUACGAAGGAGGAAGGGAUCAUCAGGAGCAGUGUGGAUACUACCGCGGCGUCGUCGGAGCUGAAGUCACAGCACGUGCUCCCCGGUGGCAUAGGGACUUACACGAUCAGUCAUAUUCCUAGUAACUUGUAUCAUCAUCAUAACCAGCAAGUUCCUAAAUCAGAGGUGUCGCCGAUGUUCACGGUAUCUCAAGCUAGCAGCAACGAGAGAAAUGCAGCGGACGAGAAUUCAAUUUCUCAUUGCAGUUCUAAUUAUGCUGCAAGUGGAUUCACUCUGUGGGAUGAAUCCCUAGGGAAGAAAAGGCAUACAAGGGUGGAGAAUGCACGGGAGAGAACAAACAUCAUAGUAGAUGCAGCAGCACCAGUGGGACAGUGGCAAGGCAUGGAGCAACGUGGCAGCUUCAGCUCUCACUCUUCUUUGCAGACGUCUGGUCUAAAGAGCCGGAGCCAGAGCUUCAUGGACAUGAUAAGAUCUGCCAAAGGAAGUUCGCAGGAUGAUGAUUUAGAUGAUGACGAUGAAGAGUUCAUCAUGAAGAAAGAGAAUAACACACCCACUAGCCAAUGCCAGAGAGAGGAUUUGAGAGUCAAAGUAGACGGGAAAGGUCAUGGUAACGAACAAAAGCCGAACACGCCUAGGUCAAAACAUUCGGCAACAGAGCAACGGAGGAGAAGCAAGAUCAAUGAUAGAUUUCAAAUGUUGAGACAACUGAUCCCUAACAGCGACCAAAAGCGGGAUAAGGCGUCAUUCUUACUAGAGGUUAUCGAAUACAUUAACUUCUUACAAGAGAAAGUAAACAAACACGAGGUGAUUCCUUACCAAGGAAAGCUUAUGAAUUGGAGAGAUCAUCAACAGCCACCGGAAGGAGCUGUUCCAGUCCUCGCAGACGUCGACAUGGAUCAACAGUGUCUUAACAGAGCAAUAGAAACAAUAACGUUAAGCAACAGAAUAUUCUCUACCGAAUCGUCACAGCUUUGUCCAGUUUCAUCUGAUGCAGCAAUGGAGAGCGAAAAGCUGAGAGAAGAAGAGGAUAAAGAGGAGCUUUCUGUUCAUAAGGGUACCAUCAGUAUAUCAAGUGUUUACUCCCAAGGGUUAUUAAAAACAUUAACAGAAACACUACAGACAUCAGGAGUGGACUUGUCCAAAGCAAGCAUCUCUGUCCAAAUCAAGCUCUCUAAACAACCUCAAAAGGAUGAAGACGUUCAUCGGAGGGUUCGACCUCGGUCCCAAACUGGAGAUGAAAACCACGACGAUGACGACAACCAUAUCGUUAAGCAGCCACGGAAACAGAAAAAGCUUAAAAAAGAGAACAGCGUCAGAAACAUAUAA